UAUCUGCAAAUUAUCUGCGUUGUCUUUAUCAGUCGAAUCGGUCGCAGGUGAAAACACGCGUAUUUAAGUGUAUAUGUACCUGUGUGUGUGUUUUAUGCGAUUUAGUGAAAUACUUAUCUAAAAACCGUAGUAGUAACGGUGUGUUAGACGUUCAUCAACCUGACGAUCAGUCGUUAUUGUUUCUUGUCGGCGUAACGGUAGUGAGUGAAAUGUCGCACAAAAGAACGCUAAUCUGCAGUAUCGUGCUACUUAUUCUGCUCAGUGGCAACCAUGGUGUCUUAGCGCUCUUUGAGGGCUGCGAUAGCACGUUUGAAAUAAACCCCGGCACCACCUAUUUGCAAUCUCCGUAUUAUCCCAACACAUAUCCUCCAUGGACGUCUUGCCGCUAUCAAAUUAUUGCACCUCUGGACUAUACCAUCGAAGCCAAUUGCACCAUCGAUUUCCCCAGUAAUGCCGGUCAAUGCACAACGGAAUAUUUUUAUGUGAGCACCGAAGGCGAUCCGCAACUUCGCGAUUCGGAACAGUUCUGCGGCCAAGGCGCAUUUACACGUGUCUCCUUAUUUCGUAAGCUAACUUUGGCGUAUGCCUCCUAUGGCAAUACAGGCAGAUUCCUGUGUUCGUUAACAAUACGACCGCAGCAGUGCGAAUGUGGUUGGUCGACGUCCACGAAAAUCGCCAAUGGGCAGGAAGUCGGCACUAAUGAGUUCCCAUUUAUGGUCGGGCUGCAAAAUUUGGCAUCUAGCACGGACAUUUUUUGUGGCGGCACCAUUAUCUCGCAUUUCCACAUAAUCACCGCCGCUCACUGCGCUACGAUUCAACCGGACGCCUCUCAAAUCAUAGCGCACGUUGGCUUCACACAAAUAUCGACAUUGAACAAUUCCCGUUAUGCGGCAGCUUAUCGCAUUCAAAGUAUAACUAUGCAUCCAGGCUACACGGAUGAUCCGCCCGUUAAUGACAUCAGUGUGCUGGUAACCAGAGUAUUGAUUGAAUGGGAACGCGGCGUUGGUCCGAUCUGUCUUCCACCAGCUGGUUCAUCGACCUUUGCUUACCAAAACGUGGAUGUUGCCGGUUGGGGAACCGAAAGCUUUGCCGGUCCGACUACAGAUGCACUAAUGAAAGCUAAUCUAAUGGUGGUCGAGAAUUCUGUGUGUCAGGAAAAGUACAAUGUGCCAAUUUAUUCCUCUCAAAUCUGCACUACGGACUACUCUGGCCAAGGCCGUGAUGCAUGUCAGUAUGACUCGGGCGGUCCGGUGGUGUGGCGCAGUUCACGCAUGUUUCUCGUUGGCUGUAUUAGCUUUGGCCAGGCCUGCGGUCAGCCGUAUGGCACCGGCGUCAAUACGCGUAUAACCUACUUUUUGAACUGGAUUCGGCAAGUAACGGGUUACACGACCUGCGUAAAACAACUGGGUUAAUACUGUUAAGAUAUCCAUAUCAAUUAUUGUGUAAAUAAAUAUAUUAUAUAUAAUGUACAUAUCUUUAAACAAGAA